AUGUCUCUUGCUUGGUCUUCCAUUAUAUGUCUCUUUCUUUUAGCAAGCGUUGAAGCAGUGUCAGCAGCACAUAUAUAUCAAGGUCAACAAGACCUUCGUCACAGUGGCCAAAAACAGUUUCAGAAGAAAGCAGUUUCUCGUCACAAGGCAAUUAUAGUUGACAAAUCUGGGCAUGGAGACUUCUCCAAGAUACAGUCUGCCAUUGAUUCUGUCCCUUCCAACAACAAGCAUUGGGUUCACAUCAAAGUCAAGGCAGGCAUUUACAGGGAGAAGGUGAACAUUCCUGGUGACAAGCCUCACAUAGUCCUACAAGGUGAGGGGAAAAAGAAGACCAUUGUUGAUUGGGCUGACCAUGAUUCAAGUGCACAGAGUCCUACAUUUCUAACCAUGGCUAACAAUAUCGUGGUGAAGUCCAUGAGCUUUAGGUUUAUUUUUGUGGUGAAUCAUGUUGAGCAGAAUUCAUACAAUUAUCCAAAAUAUGUGCACUCCAUGACACCUGCAGUAGCUGCAAUGAUAAGUGGAGACAAGUCUUCGUUCCACAACGUUGGCUUCUAUGGUUUGCAAGACACUUUGUGGGAUGAGCAAGGAAGACACUACUUCAAUUCAUGCACCAUUCAGGGUGCCAUGGAUUUCAUCUUUGGCACUGGACAAUCUUUGUACGAGAGGUGUAGCAUAUCAGUUCUUGAAGCGUGUCCAGGUGAAGCUGUUAUCGGUUUCAUCACUGCCCAAGGGAGAACAGGUCCUAACGAUGCAAAUGGGUUUGUUUUUAAGAACUGCAAUAUCCAUGGUUUUGGAAAAACAUACUUGGGAAGACCAUGGAGAGGUUAUGCCAGAGUUCUUUUCUACCAAACUAAAAUGUCUGACAUUGUCCAACCACUAGGUUGGCAGCCAUGGAAUUCCGCUGGGCACGAGGGUAGAAUAACGUUCGCAGAGGAGGAUAAUUUUGGACCUGGUUCCAACACGUCUCAGCGAGUGAGUUGGUUGAAGAAAUUGAGUCCAUUAACAGUGAAGGAAAUGACAAGUACUCGUUUUGUGGACAUGGAAGGUUGGCUCAAUAUCCAUCACCGCUUAUAA